AUGGAGCUGAGCGCCCUCCUCCUGCUGCUGCUCCGCUUCCCAGGUCUCCAAGCCCAAACACCUGAUGCCGAGGAGAGACAAUCAGAAGGAAGCACUCUGCAUAUCUGGUGUCCUUACACAGCACAGGCUGACUACGACCAGCAGAAAGCCUGGUGCCGCCUGCGAGAUAAGGAAUGUGAGCCCUUAGUGGAAACAACCUAUCCAACACAAUAUUCAUAUGCAACCGAGGCCACAAAGGGGAAUGUUAAAAUAGUGGAUGACCACCAGUAUAGGAAUGUGUUCAUCACCAUGACCAAUCUCCAGGCAGAGGACUCGGGCACAUACUCCUGUGCUUACCGUUCCGGCACUUCCAGGUGCCCCCAUCGGGCUGGGGGAGGAUGCCCGUGUGCCCACCGCUCGUGUGUCACUGACCACGUGUGCUGUUUCCCAGAGCUGCACAAGAGCGAGUUGGACGGUCUCUCUGUGCAGUGCCCAUACAGCGCCCCGGGGUACUGCACGGAGACAAAACUGAUAUUCACAGGUCUCCAAGCCCAAACACCUGAUGCCGAGGAGAGACAAUCAGAAGGAAGCACUCUGCAUAUCUGGUGUCCUUACACAGCACAGGCUGACUACGUCCAGCAGAAAGCCUGGUGCCGCCUGCGAGAUAAGGAAUGUGAGCCCUUAGUGGAAACAACCUAUCCAACACAAUAUUCAUAUGCAACCGAGGCCACAAAGGGGAAUGUUAAAAUAGUGGAUGACCACCAGUAUAGGAAUGUGUUCAUCACCAUGACCAAUCUCCAGGCAGAGGACUCGGGCACAUACUCCUGUGCUUACCGUUCCGGCACUUCCAGGUUUAUUCUCCUACGGACCAUCUCCCUGAAUGUUUUCAAGGAGCUGCACAAGAGCGAGUUGGACGGUCUCUCUGUGCAGUGCCCAUACAGCACCCUGUGGUACAGAACGGAGACAAAAGUCUGGUGUCGAAGGGACAGCCAGACUGGGUGUAAAGUCGUGGGGAGGACAGGUUACCCUUCAACACGGGGCAACAGCAAAGCUCUGGAAGAGAGAACGCUGAUCCAGGAUGACACCUGGAAAAAGACUGUUACCGUUACCAUGAGGAAGCUGCAGGCCCAGGACAGCGGCGUGUACUGGUGUGCACUCUACAGAGGCUCUUCUCCCACCCGCAUAAUGGAGUUCAAGCUCUCUGUGUCCAAAAGGACCCAAAACCACACAGCCAAGGAGUCAGGCGAUGUCUCUGUCCACUGUCCGUACAGCGCCCCAGACUAUGGCACUGUGAGCAAAGUCUGGUGCAAAGAGGGAGCUGGCAAACCACCAUGUACCAUACUGGUCAGCACGCAUAAGAAGCCUUUGGGGUACCUCAGGACACCUCAGCAAGGCAGAGUCACGAUCCAGGAUGACACCCAGCAGGGGAUUGUCACCAUCACCAUGGAGAAGCUGCAGGCACUGGACUCCGGCGUGUACUGGUGUGCGCUUUAUGAAGACACUCGUCUUUUCCGAAUGGCGGAGGUUACGCUCAGUAUUUCUGAGGUAUCGGCUGGAACAACUUUGCCAGGUACUGCAGGCACAAAUCAAACAACCCCUUCUGGCAACACCUCAGGAUCGAGCUCAAAUGUACACACCUUCGCCAUAGUCUCUGGAGUCCUGAGCAUCCUGUUCAUCCUGGCACUUACCAGCUUGAUAACACUGUGUGUCAGGCAGCACAAGCAGCUGAAGAGAAGAGGUAACAGACAAGCAGAGGACACCUAUGACAAACCAGAGGACAUAGCACAGCUUGACAGCACUGAAAAAAUGGAAAGUCCCAAGCAUGACAGCAAAGACCUAACAUAUGUUACCCUGAACUUUAAAUCCCGACUCAGCCCUGAGGAUCCUCUCUACUGUAAUGUUGAACCAAGUCAGGCUUACAGGGAACCCAAAGAUGAAAAUGUGGAAUAUGCUAUCAUUGCACUCAAGCAGUUACUGACGAAUGACAAAGGAUGA